AUGACUACGAUUGGCUAUGGUGAUAUUACACCUCAUACGUACCUCGGAAGAUUGAUUGGUUCGAUUUGUGCUUUGACUGGUGUGUUGACUAUUGCGCUGCCAGUCCCAGUCAUCGUCUCCAAUUUUGCUAUGUUCUAUUCACACACUCAAGCUCGAUCAAAGAUGCCCAAAAAGAGAAGGGGAGCGCUUUCGGUGGAUCAAAUUAAACAACAACCGCAUCGGGCCAAUGGACCUCGACGAUAUGGCGAACAUACCCCACUCGUCUCUGCUGCUAUCAACAAUCAUGCACCUCCUCAUACAGUGAUCUAA